AUGGUCUCCUUGUCGGACAGCGAAUGGUUGACGGUCUUCUUCUCGGUGGUGGCGCUGUUGCUGUUCUGCGUGUUGGUAUGUUUGAUGGUGCACACGAUGCUGUGCGCCAUCGGCGAGGAAAGCGAGAGCAACUUGGAUGUGAAGCCGGUCAGAAGUGUGAAGAGCAACUUGGUGCUGAGCGCGGAUCGGCGCUUGGUCAGAGCGGUGAGUCUUCGGGGGGAAAUGCGGGAGAAUGAGGGCUGUUUUUUGAGAAAAGGAUUACACUCGCGUUAGCUAAAGCGAUUAGGUCGUCCAGAAAGUUCGUUCGCUUUUUUCAUUGCUUUGAUUUACGAGGAUUGUUUGUUGUUUGGCAAAUGGUAUAUAUUUAUUUGAUACAGCCAGCCUUGUAGAGGAGAAAAAGCUGUAUCAAACAAAUAUAUCCCAUUUGCCAAAGAACAAACAAUCCUUGUAAAACAAAGCAAUGAAAAAACGAACGAACUUUCUGGACGACCUAAUACAUAUUGUAUAUGUUUAUGCCCUCCCCUUCAGAACAACAUUAUUCGUCCUGAAAUAGCGGCAACUCAAAAACAAGAAGCCAUCAAGAUCGACAUCUACGAAGCCGCGGAAUCGACCACCAGCUCCUCCCUGACCACCGUCACCUCCACCGCCGAAGAGAACACCUGUCGCGCGUUGGUGCCGGUCGAACGCCCCUUCAGACGUCAGUCGAGUCCCGGCCAGUCCGCUCGUCGUGCGCCCGUCCCACCAAGAAGAUCGGUCUCGGCCAGAAAUCCCGCUCUGGCCCCCAAUGGCCUCGUGGACAUCCCGCUGAAUGGAAACCUGGCGCCGAAACGUCGUCCCGCUCCGUUCAGAUGGUGCGCCGAACGUCGCGCCUUCGUUCAGGAGGAUGAGGAGGCCAGGAAGGAGGAGGCCCGCAAGGAAUACGACCAACAGCCGCCUCUGCUCAUGUACACUGGAAGAUGUGAGUUUUUGGUGACUCCGAAUUCAUUUCGUUGAGUUUACGUGGGAUUCCAUUCGGAGGUGAUCGAAGUUAUUGCUUUUAACCUAUCUAAUGGCCCACAAAACCGUUGGAUUGGCCUAAAAAUCGAUUUGACUAUGAAUUCUGCUUAUUGGCUGGCGCUUCAGCUGGUUGUGAGAUUUUUACGUCAAAUCCAACCUUUGGUUUGUCAUUUUGUACAGUGAAAAUGACGAACGGAUAUGACCUGAUCCAGUGGCAAAAAACGUACCAUUUUGCAUCCGGAAGUAUCAAAAAAGUGGCAAAACACCUCCCUCUUCAAGUGAAAAAAACUCAUUCAAAAGCGCCCUACUCUUUUCGUGAGACAAAUGGCGCGCUUUUGAAGUCGGAUUUUUUUCACUUGGAGAGGGAGGUAUUUUGCCACAUUUUUUGUUACUUGCCGGAUGCAAAAUGGUACGUUUUUUGCCGCUGGAUCAGGUCCCCCUGUAGAUUGCAAGCAAUAAAUUCGCCCUGCCUGAAAUGAGAUCACUCUAUUCGUUGACUCCUGCCAAUUUCAGAUCGCCCAACCACUCCGUUCGCCGACAACAAGUUUCGCUGA